AUGGCUUUCUCUGCUUCCGUCGUCCACGUUUCCUUCUUGGCCGCCGUACUCGUCCUCUUCGCGGCCACCGCGGCCGGAGCGAAUGCCACGGUGGCCACCAACACCACCGUGACGGCGGGCCGCUCCUCCACGAUGGCGUUGCCAGCGUCGGCGGCGGCGCCCAACGACUCGCUCCAGUACAUCUGUUACCUGUGCCGCAAGCGCAACACCCUGAUGAUGACGUGGUGCCCCAUUGAGAAAGACGAGUGUCACAUCGCCUGCCUGUCGCUGCCGUCCCCGUCCUCUCCUCCCCGGCCCCGCGCGGUGGCCGCCCCCGGCGACGGGAACGGGAACCGCGGCGACGAUGACUGCUACGUCAUGAAGCUGUACCCCGACGGCAGCUGGGUCGUCGUGGACGUGGUCAGCUGCCAGGCGGCCGCGGGGUGCUACCUCGUGUGCAGCUACGGCGACGCGCGGGAGGACGGGGCCUGGACCACCCCGGCAACGCCGAGAGAGCCGCUGCCGCACCGCCUCGCCGACUUCGAGCGGUGCGGCGACCAGCUCGUUGCGCCGGGCGCGGCCGUCCCCGGCGUGUAGCCUCGAGUGACGUUCCCACGACGAUGCAUCCGGUUGGUUCGGUCGAACGGCCUUGUCGCGUGCACUCGCACGAAUUUACAUGUGAGGCUCAUAGUGAUCACGAUUGCAGGUGCACCUUCGC